AUGCUUGAGGAAAACAAGGACAUUGAGACGUCACAUGCAUUUGAAAUUAGUAUCACGAACGCCACAGUAGUGUCGCUUUUGAGUGUAUUGAAAAUUCUAAUAAGAACAUUUUUUCUCGUGAAACUUGAGUUGCGAAUAGGAGUAAGUUGGGCAAAUGGGCGGUACGUGACGUCUUAUCAUUUGGCGCUCUUCAACUUGACGGUGCACAACAUUGACGAGACUGGAGCGAAAGUUAUCAUCAUGUUCCAUACGUGCACAAAACAUAAGCAAGAAACCGAAAACUCUCCUUCAACUUCUUCUUCAUUGCGUAGCAUUUUCAUCCUGAGCAGCUUCAUUGAUGACAGACAAUAA